AUGUCGGAGAACGCAGCGGAUGCCAAAUUUCGCGGUGCGUCCGUGCGCGAGGUCAUCGAAGUGUACCAGCAGGAGCCCAACAAGCUUGUGCGGCACCUGAAGAACCGUGCGUCUGAUGUCGUCUGUGAGGGGCUCGUCGCGUUUUGCUGCGUGUGGAUGCUGACGCGCUUGAAAACCGCGGACAGUAUUGGGGGAGUGAUUGGCACAGGGCUGUUCCUGGGCACGGCAACCGCGCUGCGUCACGGCGGGCCUGCUGGUUUGCUGAUCGCAUACCUCCUCGUUGGAAGUAUAUGUUAUUCGGUCAUGAUCUCGCUCGGUGAAAUGGUGGCCUAUCUCCCAAUCCCAGGGGGACAUAUCAAGCUUGCAGAAAGAUUUGUGGAUCCGGCCUUCUCCUUUGCCAUGGGCUGGAACUACUGGUAUAACCUGAUCAUUGGUAUGAGCAACGGUGCAUUUAUGCUGGCGAGAUUCUCAUCGCUCCCUGCAGCGCUGCCUGCCGAAAUGUCUGCUGCGGCCGUUUUGGUCGACUACUGGGAUAACUCCGUCAGCGAAGUUGUUUGGAUCACGAUGAUUCUGAUCUUCGUGGUGGGGAUCAACAUGUGUGGGGUGGGUGUGUACGGAGAAGCCGAGUUCAUCUUUGCUUCGAUCAAAGUGAUCACUAUCACUGGAUUGAUCGUGCUUGGCCUUGUCCUUGACCUGGGGGGCGGCCCUGACCACGAUCGUCUGGGAUUUCGUUUCUGGAAACACCCGGGUCCUUUUGGUGAGUAUGGCGACAUUCCGGGUGCAGAGGGCCGCUUCGUCGGGUGGUGGUCUGUGAUGGCCCAGGCUGCGUUUUCGUUCAUUGGGACCGAGAUCGUUGCGAUCGCUGCUGGAGAAGCCAAGAACCCACGACGGAAUUUGCCGAAGGCCAUCCGGCGUGUCUACAUCCGACUCCUUCUGUUCUAUAUCGGGGGUGUGUUCAUCAUUGGCUUGCUUGUGCCACAUGACAGCCCAGGAUUGGACCUUGACUCGGGCACUGCAGCGAGCUCUCCCUUUGUCAUCGCCAUACAACGCUCUGGCAUCAGGGUCCUCCCCUCGAUCAUCAACGCCUGUUUGCUGACCUCCGCCUGGAGUGCAGGCUCGAGUGACUUGUAUACCAGCUCACGGGCCCUAUACGGUCUAGCGGCAGCAGGCAAUGCCCCCAAGAUCUUCCUCAAAACCCUCAAGAAUGGGCUGCCGAUCUCUUCCGUCAUAUUCUGCUCGCUCUUCGCGACUCUCUCAUACAUGGGCGUGACAGCCGGCUCUGGCAAGGUGUUCGGCUGGUUCGCCAACAUGACUGCGGUCGCGGGCCUGAUGUCGUGGUUCGGCAUCUCGCUCACGUACAUCCGGUUUCACCGGGGCAUGAAAUCCCAAGGCUACGACCGCUCGACGCUGCCCUACGCCUCGCGUCUGCAGCCCUUUGCGGCCUGGUACGCGAUGAUCUUCUGCGCUGCGAUGUGCUUCUUCAGUGGGUGGUCUGUUUUCGUCCACGGACACUGGUCCACAGCCAACUUCGUGACCAACUACCUCCCGCUCGCGCUGUUCCCCGUCAUGUGCGUCGCCGCCAAGUGCUGGUACCACCUUUGCAGGGGGCAUCCGCUCUCUUGGAUCCCGCCCGACCAGAUGGACUUUGUGUCGGAUAUCAGCGAGAUUGAGGCGGAAGACCGUGACGAUGCCCCUCCGAGGAAUAAGAUUGAGACGGCUUGGUCUUGGCUCGUAUGACGGACGCGGGGUGGCUGGCGAUCGGCGGAUACCGAGCUUGGACAGAUGUGAAUAUCACUCGAUAAUUGCUGAGUAUCUCUCAUUCGGUAUUUAACUGCCAAUGAAGUCGACCGGGCCACUCGCAAUCCAUUUAUCGGCGUGGCUCCUGGAAGCAGUUCGUCCGUCUUUGGGAACACAAAUUGGGCCUCGGCUCGCUCUAUUCUGCUCUUUUCUGUGCACUAUCACACUUCCGUUUGCCCUCACUAACACGUAGGCCAUCAGCACAGCUGCUGGAUGACUCACUGUCCUUCCAUUUCUCCGUCUAUUAGGGCACGUCAAACCACGGCGGGUGGGCAGAUGGAGCCGCCGAGGCUGGCUGCUCGAUCUCAAGCAUUCCUGUCGAGUCAAGAUCUCCAGCUAAAUGACGUCCUGUAUGCAACCGACUGUAACGCUUCAAAACUGGGGUUCUUGGAGAAACUCUGCAUCUGGAGUCGGGCCUCGUCGUUUCUGCGCAGAUGACCCUGGUCCACGCGGCGAGCACGUGCACC